UUACUAUUAUAUUAUGAGUAAACGCAAAGGUGGUACAAAUUCACAAAUCAUUCCUGCAAAGAGUAAUGUUGCCGAUUUGUUUAAAAAAUCACUCACAAUUGAUGCUGCCUGGGAUGAAAAGGACGAUCUAUUAGACGUUAUUUAUUGGAUGAGACAAGUGUUUGCAGUAAUCAAUGGAAUCGCAUGGGGACUGAUACCUCUGCAAGGCAUUUUGGGAUUAGGCUUAUUCUUUGCAAUCAAUUGCGCGAUAGUUUAUAUUUACAUCUCAAAAUUUCAAAAAAUUGACGAGGAUGAUUAUGGAGGAAUACAAGAAAUUCUUAAAGAAGGAUUAUUUACUGCUUUCGCUGUUUUCUUAGUAUGUUGGAUCAUGAUAUACACAGGCUUACAUGGUUGAACGUUCUCUCUUUUCCAUCAUUUUGAAAUAUGACGUAAAUUGACUUCAGAUUCUCAGAAAAGGAGAUACGAUGCAAUAUUUUUUUCACCAAGGACAUCGCUUUUAAGCUUUGCAGCAAUUUUUGUUGAUGUUUAUGGUGAAAAAUUAAAAACGGUGAUGACAUUGAUGAAGUGAUUUUACAUUUUGUUUUCUGACGUGUUAUAUUUUGAUGUUCAAGUAUUAUCUGUUUGUCCCGUUUUGAAUCCAUCUUUUCUAGCUUUUAUCUUAAAUUUUUUGUUUGAAUUCAAUAUCAUAACAGAAGUUUUUAUGCUCUCUUACAAAUAUACACAUUUUAUUA